UUCACGUUUACCACGCUGGGUGCCCGGGGAAGGACAGGACCGUCGGACACUUCUGGAUAUCGGGGAACAACACUUGAGCACAAAGUCACGCUGCAGAAGGGUAUCCAAAUAUGGAAGGUGCCAAUGAACGGAACUUACGUCAUAGAGGCCUGGGGAGCAUCAGGUGCUGUUGGCAGGCAAAACAACUCGGGUUCCUCUACAAGGGCAGGCGGCAAGGGAGCUUACAUGAAGGGGUGCUUUAAUCUUACUCAAGAAACGUCUGUCAAAAUUCUUAUCGGGCAAAGGGGGAGUAAUGGAACAAUCGGUUCUCCGUUACCUGGGGGAGGUGGAGGUGGGACAUUUGUUGUUCUUAAUUCCGGUAAUCCUUUGAUUAUUGCAGGCGGUGGGGGUGGUGGUGGUGCACCGACAAGUAGUUACGACGUAGGGGACCCUGGGCAAAUUACAGAAAAUGGAUCACAGGGUGGGGGUGUCAAUGGAGAUGGUGGAAUACUUUUAGUGGAGGGCUACCCAUCUGCAAGCAUUGAAGCCGGGGCGGGAGGUGGUUUAAUUGGAAACGGCAAAUCAGGAAAAAUUACCAGUGGAGGUUCAAGCUUUAACAAUGGGGGUCAAGGGGGAAAAUCACUCUCUACUGCAAAUGGUGGAUUUGGGGGAGGGGGUGGAGGGUUUCAAAGUCCUGGGGGAGGGGGUGGGUUUUCAGGUGGGGGUGUCCUGAAAAAAUCUCGUGUCAUCAUUGCCGGAGGGGGAGGGUCACUUAACAGAGGGAUUAACCAGGUAAAGAAAGAAGACGUAAAUAGAGGCGAUGGAAAGGUAGUCAUCGCACUUGAUGAUCCUGAGCAAUAG